CACGAUACCCGGAUUCAAAAAUAUGUAUCAAUGAAUGGUUUUGAACAUGCUCUACUACGUUCACAUAUGCUCGACUGUGCUACAUCGACGGCGAAGUCCACGAAUCACCCAAACCACUUUCCCAAGGUCCCGUUCAACAUCACGCAUGGUUCUUUUCGUGGCAUCUUACUGCAGGAACUUUGCAAUUACCAAAUUACUGAACUGGAUCGAAGUCGACAUAAUGUAUAGUGUACAUGUAUGUAUCCGCCAUCGUUUUCAAGCGCGUAACUCCAUGGAGGUUGUCGGUGAUAAUGAGGGAGCAGACCCUCUCUCAGUACAUUCCCCUCUUUCUUCUUCUCCUCAUUCAUCAUACACUUUGCUUUAAGACCAAGUUACUGCCACCGCGAUACAAGAAAGCUUUGAAGUUUCUGAUCUACUCAACCUCUGCACUCCUUUACUCGACCAAACUCGAAAGAGCGAGUUCGGAACAGCAUACUGUCUCAAACAGCUCGCUCUCCUCCGUUUAUGGUUACUUGCUGAAACAAGCAUCGAGUAGGAAAAAUAGACAAAGUCGUUUCCGCACGAUAUGAUAUGACUCACGUAUUCAACACUCUCUCUCUUUCUACAGAACAUACCAAGCAAACUCAGUC